AUGUCAUCAGCAGCGGCCGCGUCACAACCACGCGCGUUCCCAACAUCAGGCUUCGACCUCAUUGAAGAAUCGCGCAGAAUCGAGGAAGAGACGCUUCCAGGCUACACUCCAGACAAGUACUAUCCGGUCCGACUGGGCGAAGUGCUGGGCAAUCGCUAUCAUGUGGUGGGCAAGCUGGGAUACGGCACGACGUCGACAGUGUGGCUAGGACGCGACUUGCAAGAGGAAAGCCGCUAUGUUACGCUUAAGCUGUAUGUCUCUGGCCUGCAACGGGACACUGAACUAAGGGUGUACGAUCGCUUCGACAUGAUCGAAACGGACCACCCGGGGAAAACGUUUCUGCGCAAGCUGUUCGGCUCCUUUUACGUCAAAGGCAAAAAUAAUGCUAGGGACGGUGCUGGUGAUGACACCAGCCAUCUGUGUCUGGUCCACGAGCCUUUGGGCCUCAGUCUGGACCAGGUCCUGGAUCUCUACCCCCAUGGCAAAUUCCCUCUGGAAGUUCUGAAGCCAUCGCUGCGGCAGAUAUUGAUGGCUGUCAGUUUCCUGCACGAGCAGGCUAUGAUUGCACAUACGGAUCUGCAGACCACCAAUAUGCUGAUUGGGGUGGUUAACCCCAUUGUCUUCACGCUGUUCGAGCGAGCAGAGCAUGAGCAGCCAACUCCGCGCAAGGUGUUGGAAGAUCGGGUGAUAUACACCACGCGACGCCUGCUACCCAGUGAGGGGCUGCCGUUUCUGUGCGAUUUUGGCGAGGCGAGAUUCACGGACGAGGAUGGCUUUGGGGCGGCAGGUGAGGAUAUCAUGCCGGAUGUUUACAAGGCGCCAGAGGUGAUGCUACAGAUGAAGUGGGACGAGAAGGUCGAUAUUUGGAACAUGGCGAUGGUGGUCUGGCAGCUGGUCACGGGAAAGGCGCUGUUCAAGGGGAAGAAUAAGAUGGAUGAUCUGGUGUUCCAGGAUGAUAGGGUGCAUCUGGCGGAGAUAUGUGCUCUGAUAGGACAGCCUCCAGCGGAGUUUCUGAAACGUUCUGAGAUGUGUCCAGCGGUGUGGAAUGCAGAUGGUAGCUGGAAAGGGGUUGUGCCCAUACCGGAUAUAAGCCUGGAAGGACUGGCAAAAACAGCGGAGAUUGAGGGGGAGGACCUAGCGGAUUUCCUAAAGUUCCUGCGACGGAUGCUACGGUGGCUGCCAGAAGAACGGCCGACGUGUCGCGAGCUGGUGUACGACCCGUGGCUGAUGAAGGGGCUGGGCGAGAAGCAGGCUUGA